AUUGCAUCCAUCCUCAGUCCUGCAGCUCCACCAAAGCAGUGAGAAUUUGCAGUGUCUCGAUAUUCUUUGUCAUCGUCAUCAUCAUCACCCUCUUCUGUCAGAGCAAAUCUUUUCUCUGUCUGCCCUUUACUUGCAUUUCUUCUCGUGUCUCCAUCAUCAUGUCCUCAAACGGCGCAGACGGGGACUUGCUGCAGAUUCCUCUGGGGCUCAUCAACAGCGCAGGCAAGUAUCUGACAGCGGAGACCUUCGGUUUCAAGAUCAACGCGUCGGCCAGCAGCCUGAAGAAGAAGCAGACCUGGACUUUGGAGCAGACCGGGGAGGACGGCAGCGCCGUCUUCCUCAAGUCCCACCUGGGCCGCUACCUUGGCGCGGACAAAGACGGCAACGUUACCGCGGACAGCGAGACACGCGGCCGAGACUGCCGCUUCGUCAUCACAGCGCACGACGACGGGCGGUGGUCGCUGCAGUCUGAGCCCUACGGCCGCUUUCUGGGAGGCAGCGAGGACCGGAUCACCUGCUUCGCGCAGGCAGCUUCCCCGGCUGAGAAAUGGAGCGUUCACCUGGCCGUGCAUCCGCAGGUGAACCUUUACAGCUUUGCGCGGAAACGCUUCGCCCACCUGAGCGCCCAGGAGGUGUCCAUAGACCGGGACGUCCCCUGGGGCGUCGACUCUCUGGUGACGCUCGUCUACAGAGAUGAGCGCUACCACCUGGAGACCUCUGACAACCGGUUUCUGCGCAACGACGGCACCCUGUCCGCAAAAACGGACAAGGACACCGGCUACAUGCUGGAAUUCCUCUCAGGGAAAGUGGCAUUCCGAGACUGCAACGGCCGCUACCUGGCACCGGUGGGCCCCACGGGGACAAUGAAGAGUGGGAGGAGUGGCCGGGUGGGAAAAGAUGAGCUGUUUGGCCUGGAGCGCAGCCACGCUCAGGUGGUGCUGACUGCGGGCAACGAGAAGAAUGUCUCUACGAGGCAAGGCAUGGACCUGUCAGCCAAUCAGAAUGAGGAAGGGGACCAAGAAGUGUUCCAACUGGAGAUGAACCGUGAAGAUAGGAAGUGUGCCUUUAGAACUGCUGCUGGGAAAUACUGGUCCCUGACAGCAACUGGAGGACUGCAGUGCACGGCUUCCUCCAAAUCUGCUAACAGUUACUUUGAACUGGAGUGGCGUGAGGGUCGCGUGUGCAUUCGUGCAGACAACGGGAAGUAUGUGACUGCCAAGAAGAACGGGCAACUGGCUGCUGCAGUGGACAGUAUAGGGGAGGCUGAGCAGUUCCUGAUGAAGCUGAUUAACCGUCCAAUCAUUGUCCUGCGUGGAGAACAUGGUUUCAUUGGAGCUCGCAAAGCUGGACUUCCAACCCUCGACUCCAACCGGGCCUCCUACGAUGUUUUCCAAUUGGAGUUUCAUAACGGUGCUUAUUCCCUCAAGGACUCCCAGGGAAAGUAUUGGUGUGUUGGAGACGACUCAGCAGUGGUGUGCAGCAGCUCCACUCCUGUCCAGUUCCUGCUUGAGUUCUGUGAUCUCAACAAGAUGGGAAUUCGGGCUCUGGGCGGGAAGUACCUUAGAGGUGACCAUGCCGGAGGGCUGAAGGCCAGCGCAGACUCUGUGGACAGCGCCACCCUCUGGGAAUACUGAGAAACGACUUUUCCUUGUUCUUUAUCUGCACGAUGCUUCAAACUAUUGAAACUCAGUCUGCAGAUUCUUUUUCAUACUCCUGUGUGUGUGCAGUUGUAAACGUGUUUUGAUGGCUGAUUUGUGAAAGUUGAAUGUCACUGCAGCAGGAUUUUGUUUUCUAAUAAUUGACUGCUCUUUCUGUAUUUCUACUGGAGAUUUCCAGUGACUUGUUGUUGUCCUGAAUGUGUCGCCACUCAUAAAGCUGAAUGACUUUCACUAUC